CAGGUGGAAACUUCGUGAUCUGCUCCACCGUCCUUACCUGGGCAACUGGUCCCUCAACGCUGCCCACAUCUGGGGCUGUCCCUCCUGCGCGUUGUCGUCCAGAGCUUCCGCAUCGCUGGGCCCAGCGCUUGGAAGACUGUCGGCCGUUGAGUACCGUCGUUCGGCGAGAGGUCAGGACUAUCAAUUCAGUAACUUUACUUUGAACUUGCACAAGUCCUUGGACAUUUCCAGAGCGGUUUCCUAUACGAAUGUCACAGUGCUCAUGGCCUACCCUUAUUCAGGGUCAAGGACUGUUACUCUGAUGAUGGAAGCGAUCUCUGGGAAGCCUGUGUACAGUCUCUACAAUCUUUGGUAUUUGCGGAGCGGAUGGUGCAAGUUCGUUCAGCCCUUCGGACUGUUGAGCCACGUGGACUGUACAGAUGAGCCAUCGGUGGUGCGACAUCAUUCCAUGGAAUUUUCUGCAAGUGUUCAUCCAGAUUUGGCCUAUGGAUAUGUCCUAAUCCUGUGUGACUAUGGCGACCAUCUUGCCGGCAUGUCUCUUUUGACCGAGGGCGUCGAUGUUGAGGAGUUUUUGCAGCAGUAUAUCUCCAUCGUCGUGUUCUAUGAUCGGUGGUUGGAGAGGAAGCUCUUGAUCUUCUAUGAUCAUCUAGUGAAAAAGCCGGCACGUGUUGGCAAACAGCUGAGCUGGUACUGGCGCAUGAAUGCCACCUGGUGGACGCCAACUUAUCAACGUGUUCUCGAGGAGAAGAUGUCCCAACUGCCCAGCCUGAAUGAUCGGACCAUCUUCGGUGAGCAGCGGCGCAGCGCCAAGACCAAGAAAGCCGCCGAUGGAGCCGAUGAGGCCGAUGAGGCCGAUGGAGCCGAUGAGGCCGAUGAGGCCGAUGAGGCCGAUGAAGCCGAUGAGGCCGAUGCAGACAAAAAAGCUUCUCGUGAGAAGCGUAUCCGGGAACUGGCGGAGCUUUCGGACCAAGAGCGUUCGCACUAUUUCUUUUCGUAUGCAGCAGCAGCUGACUGCGUGGAAUGCACAAAAUACUGGCUGCAACAAGGUGCAGACACCACAAGAGGCACCAAACAUAUGAAGUACACAGCCAAGGACUGGGCUGAGUGGUCUUCAGCAUCCAAUGUCUUGCAAAUUCUGGAGUCGUGGGAACGAGCAGAUGCCGCGGGGCCUGACGAGCACAUGUCUUCUGAUGGGCAAGAUGCGACGGAGGAUUCAGAUACAUUGACAUCUAAUGAUUUGUUCCAGGACGCAACUGACUUUUCAUUCUGGAGGAAUGCGAUGUCAGAGAAUUGGAAGGUGACGCAGGAAUGGUGCGAUGUGAGAUCUAUUAUAGUUCCAAUGGCCAUUGCGCUGGUCAAUCCAGCCGACAGUCCCGAGCGCAUGUAUCACUGGGGCUUGCGUCAAUACUUGCAGUUCGCGUUUCUUUGCGGUGAUUCUGCUGGAGAAAAAAAACACAGCUUGGAAAAGAUUAAGAGCCUUGUGUGGCAAAGGGAGCAAGAUCAAGUUCGCAGGACGAUUCAGUUUGUCAAAGCUGUUCAUGACGAUGGAGAUCUUCAGUACACUUCAUUAAUACACAUUCUGAAAGGUGAUAUUUGCUUCAAACCAUCCGAGGACACGGAUGCUACUCGAGACAAAGCAGUUUUGGUCUAUACUAUGCUCAGCAGAAAAAAGGAACUUGCGGACACCGAAGAUUGUCACAUGCUCACCGAGAUUCCUGUCAGAGACUGGGAACACUGUGAUGCAGUACCCUCGACACUGAGCGCUUUGAUUGGCGUUGUGGUGCCAGGUCAACUUCGCAAGGUUGAAACGGUCUUCGUGGUCUCAGACUUGCAGAUCUUAGGCAUCUCGUCAGUGAAAAGCGAAACGGAUGAGUGGCUUAUCGCUUCCUGCGUGCGAUGCAAGAGGGCCAGUCCUUGUUCGCAACAUCCUGACGGAAACACAGAAAAGCGUCUGGCGGUCAGAUUGACGUUGGCCGAUGGCAACAGUCAGUGUACCGUGAUGCUGUAUCACGAGUUACUGCUGAAGGCAGCAGCGCUUAUGGAAGUGACUCUGCCAGACUUGCCGAUGUUAAAUGUAGACCGAUAG